CCGGGAUGGUGGGAGGUGGUGGGCGGCGGGAGACGUUGUGGAAGAUGGCGGCCGUGGCGCUGAGGGCGACCGUUCGGGCGGCGAGUAAACGGCGACUGAUGCCGUCCAGAGCCGCGCUGCUGCUGACACCGUCUGCUGUCAACAGAUUGAAAAUGCUCCUGAAUGAUAAACCUGGAUGUAUUGGUUUAAAGGUUGGAGUUCGGACUCGUGGUUGCAAUGGCCUCUCCUACGUCAUCGAUUAUGCCAAAGAGAAGGGAAUAUUUGACGAGGAAGUAAACCAAGAUGGUGUGCGUGUGUUUAUUGACCAGAAGGCACAGCUCACUUUGCUGGGAACGGAAAUGGAUUUUAUUGAAACAAAACUUUCCACUGAAUUUAUUUUCAAUAACCCGAACAUUAAAGGAACGUGUGGAUGUGGCGAAAGCUUCACUAUAUGAACAUUGCCUUUCCGGGUGCAGAGUAUGUGAAACUACAGAAUGCAAACAGUACUUGGCAUUUGAACUUUGUGAGAUUUUUAAAAAAGUCUACAUGUGGAGACACUGUAACCCUGCAAGGAAACAAUUCCACUUUAAAUAUUUUUAACUCCUACUUAGAAAAACAUCAAGGGGCCCCAGAGGGAGAACAAGGAGAACAAGUGUCAGUUCCUGACCCAUGUUUGUGAUGAACACUAGUGAAUUGUCAUUUCCUUGAUAUUUCUCACGCUGGUUAAAAGCAAGAUGUUGAAAUGCUCCUUAUGUGUUCUUUACAGAGCUGGAAUAGAUUUUCCUCAAAUCAGAUGUUGGUGCUACCUCUGGUAGCAUUUGCCUUCCUGAAUCACGCACAAUUCACCAAUCCCAAGCAUUUUAAAAUGAUUCUGGGGAAGGGAUUUUGGUAAUUAUCAAAGAAAAAAAAUAAGAAUUUGGUCACUCAAUCCACGACUGUUUGUGGGACACUGCUGUGCGCAAUUGGCUGCUGGAUUUCGCGCACAAAAUAUUAAUUUUACAGUAUAUUCUGUGAAGCGCUUUGAGACGUCUUGAAGACUUGAAAAGACGCUGUAUCAAAUGCAAGGCUUAUUAUCCAGCAAGCAUUAAGGGUCUUGGUGGAGCGGUCUCUGGUCUAAAAUAGGUGAAGUAAAAUAUUCCUAUCAAUUUAAAAUGUAAACUACCCUAUAUAUAAUGCAAUGAAAGGUGAUCCUGGUUUGUCAGAUAAAAACAAGACACAUUCUGUUUAUCUCUAAUAUCAGCAAAUUGAGUUAAGUGAAAAUAAGUUCCACAUGCUAAAACUUGCAAUAAGCUACAAGUUUUUAAAUAAUUUGUGAAGCUCCCCGUUCGGCUGGGAAAUGGGAGCAUCACCAAGCCAUUCAGCCCAGCCCAUGUCAGCUUCCAUCCUGGGCCUGUGUAGAGUGAGGUAAUCUCAGCUGAGUGUGAUAGCAACAGUGUCCCAGAGCAAACGAAGGGAGGGGAUGACAUUAGCCACUACUGUCCACUAGGUAUCGGGAAUAGAAUGUGUGUGAAUGUUGGUUGGGGUUGAAAACGGGAUCAGACUCCAAAUUGACAGUCUAGACUUGUCACAUGAAUAGCUGAGGUACCAGAGUCUGCAGGUACCAGCAGUCAUUCUGGCUUGGGAGAGCAGGGGAAGGUAUUGGGGCUCUAUAAACUGACCAGUGCAUUAUGUAAGUACAUUGACUGUAAGCCUGAUUAUUAUUCCACUCUCUGGAGUUUCUAUUGAUGCUAAACAUUUUACAAUAUAUGAAGUAAAAUAAAGUUCUGCAUUCAGAGUU